AUGUGUUCUAGAGGAUGUGAUAGCCUAAAAUAAUUUUUCUAUGACAUUUUUCUUAAGACUGUCUACUUCGAAUUCUUAAAGCUCUACUAUUUCGUCAGAAUAUUAGAUCUGAGCGAAACGCUAAUCAUUUACUUCCUAGAGAUGCUUUGCUCUUAAAUCAAAAGCUCCAGAUUGAUAAACCACAUUAAGUCUCUAGGUCACUCCAUCAAUAAAAUCUUUACCAUUCUCAGCACUGAUAACUCCGCAAGAAGAAAAAUCAUUUUGUUGUUUUUCAUAAUUUUUUUCAUUUGCACUGACUAUAUCUAUUUUGAAGCCUAUAAACACCUUCUUGAAAUUUUCCAAGAUAGCUUCAAACACUUCUUCAUCAAUUUUUGUUCCUCCUAAACUUGGAAGUGGGUUGAAAAUUUAUACCUAGCCUCCUAUUUAUUUAUGACUUAUUAAUAAUUUAACCAGUCCUAAGCACCAAUGAACUCCAUCAAUAUUAUAUGGGAAUAUCAUUAUAUGUCUUUGGAUUUGUUCUUACUAGGUUUUAUUCCAUUUGAAUAUCUGUUUUAUACCUUUGACAAAAUCCUUAAUCAUGGGCUCUUGCUUAUAAUGAUGAGCAACUGGUCCGCAUAUACUUAAACUAGACUUGCAAAUGUCUUUGUUAGGAGAAACCCAGUAGCAGAGUUACUUUUUCUUAACAUAGAUGUCCCAUACCUUAAGAAUCUAAUGUUCAUAAUAAUAGGAUGA